CUAACCUGUUCUCCUGGCUGUCUCCAGGUUUACAGGUGUUUAACAGGCAGAUCCAUCUCAUCCAGCCUGACAGAGCUGAAGAGAGUCAGUGAGGAGGAGACGUCUCUGCCUGGGCUUUUCUUAGGCGCUGGUGUCCAUCAAACGCGCAUGUCCUCUUCUUCCUUCAUAUGAAAUAAGGAAACUUUGAAGCAGUGUUGUGUUUCCAUGGUUUCUUGCACUUCAACAUAAAUUCCAGGAUAUGUGGAUGUAAACACACAAGAAAAUGAUGACUACAAGGUACUCGGAGGGCCUGGUCCUCGAUGACUCAGAGAAGGGAGUCAUCGUCAAAGGAAUCACAGAUGAAACAAUAGCAGCAAAAAGUGGCCUGCGGGCAGGGGAUGAGAUCGUUGCAGCCACUAUACACCUUGACCACCUUAGCAAAAGUGAAGUGAUGAGCAUCCUGAAAGUCCUGGAGCCGUAUGAUAACAACAUGAAGGUUCUGACAAAGAAGGACCUGAGUGCCAACGCUGGCUUCGGCUCCUUGGGACUUAGAAGUCCUGCAGAGAUGCUGAACAUGAACAAGGAUUUGUCGCUGGAUGCAUCAGCAGAAGCUCCGGCUCUCUCCCUCAAUGGCCGGAAUGGAACGCUAAAUGCAGCUCACGGGUUGAAAAGUGAUAUAAAUGGUCCCACUCUCAAUGGAGACCUUCCCAGUCUCAGUCUCAAUACGCCCUCGGCAGCCCUGACUGGACCCGAACUUAACGGAGAUCUUGAUGCAACAUUCAAAACACCUGAUGUCAGUCUCUCAGCUCCACAACUCAAAGCUCCAAGUGCCUCAGUUAACGUUAAUAAACCAGGAAUUAAGACAGGCAAUUACAAGGCCCCCAAAUUCACAAUGCCCGCCUUCAAUCUACCUCACAUUAAGACACCGCAAGCAAACAUGGAUGUUUCUGGUGGUAUCAAUGGAAAUCUAGACACACCAGACCUAAACCUGUCAAGCCCAAAGUUAGAUCUUAAAAGUCCAGAUUUGGAUCUGAAUGGGCUAAAUGGUCCUGAUGUUAAUUUAGAAAUCCCAAACGCUGACCUUGAGGCACCCUCAAGCAAAUUAAAGUGGCCCAAUCUAAAAUGGAAAGGUCCCAAAGGACCAGAGGCUGACUUAAAUGCAGACUUGUCUGCACCUGAUGUCAACCUGUCCACACCAAAGCUUGAUGGGGGAAUAGAUACACCAGAUGUUGACAUUGAUGCCCCAUCUGGCAGAAUCCAUUGGCCUAAGUUCAAAAAGCCAGUCUUUCAUGGCCGAAAACCAAAUAUGGACCUCGAUGGAGACCUGAACAAACCAGAUAUAGAUCUCUCUCUUCCAACAGUGGAGGGUGGGGCAAAGGCCCCUGAUAUUGACUUUAAUUUGCCAAAGGCAGACCUUGAAGGACCAGAUCUUAACAUAAGAACACCAAAUAUUGAUGCAGAGGCACCAUCUGGUAAAAUAAACUGGCCUCACCUGAAAUGGAAGAAGCCCAGAAUGCCAGGUCUAAAAGCGGACCUAGAUCACGACUUGGACACACCCAACUUAAAUCUCUCAAGUCCAACGAUUCAGGGUGACAUUAAUGCACCAAAUGCUGAGCUUAAUCUCCCAAGAGCGGAUCUCAGAGGCCCUAAUGUAGAUGUUCAGGCCCCAAAGGUUGACAUUGAUGCUCCAUCUGGGAAAAUUAACUGGCCACAUUUGAAAUGGAAAAAACCCAAACUCCAUGGCCCCAAAGCUGAUCUAAAUGCAGAUCUGAGCACACCAGAUCUGGAUCUCUCAGUUCCAAAAUUGGAGAGUGACAUUAACACACCAGAUCUUGAUUUGAAUUUACCCAAAGCUAAUGUUGAUAUGAAAGCACCAGAUGCUGACUUUGACGUGCCUUCUGGAAAAAUCAAGUUCCCGACAUGGAAAAAGUCAAAGAUGCAGUUUUCUGGACCAAAAGUGAAUGCCCCAGAUGUUGACCUUCAUGCUGAUAUGAAUGCACCCAACCUUAGUCUCUCUCCUGAACUUAAUGGACCUGAUUUUGAUCUGAAUUUACCCAAGGGUAAUCUUGAUGUAAAAGCACCAAAUGCAGACAUUGAAGCCCCAUCUGGGAAGAUCAAAUGGCCCACUUUUAGAAAGCCCAAGAUUAAUGGUCCAGAUGUUGACGUAGAUGUGCCUGAUUUGAGUCUCUCAGGUCCAAAUGCUGAUGCUGAAAUAAAUGUACCCGAUGUAAAGCUAAAUCCACCCAAAGCUGAUGUGGACAUUGACGCACCAGAUGCUGAAGGUCUCUCUGGGAAAUUUAAAUGGUUCAAGAAAAUAACACAUGGCACCCUGAGAGGUCCAAAGGCUGAUAUUGAUGCUGAUGUUAAGGUACCAGAUGUGGACCUCAACAAACCUGAAGUGGAUUUAAGUGCACCAGAUAUUAAUCUUUCUACACCAAACAUGAAGGGUGGCAUCGAUUCUCCAAACCUGAAUGUCAAUGCUCCAGAUGGAAAGGUGAAGUUUCCUACAUUGAAACUACCAAAAUUUAAAGGAUCAAAAGUCAAAGGUCCUGAAAUAGAUGCUGAUUUAAAUGCACCAAGCAUCGAUUCCAGCCUUGACCUACCUGAUUUGGAUGUGGAUGUCCCUAAUGCAAACAUGAAUGCACCAGAUUUCUCCUUCUCUGCACCAAAAUUUGAUGCUGGCUUAAAUUCAGAUUUGAACCUCACCCCACCCAAAGCAAACCUGAAAGGGCCAGAUGUAAACCUUAAACAACCAGAUGUUGACAUCGAUGCUCCCUCUGGAAAAUUUAAAUUGCCAUCAUUUAACUUUGGAGGAUUUAAGGCCAAAGCUGAUCCAUCUGUAACAGCACCAGAUGUUUCAGUUCCUAAUGCAAACAUAAAUGCACCAGAUUUCUCCUUAUCUGCACCAAAAUUUGAUGCUGGCUUAAAUUCAGAUUUGAACCUCACCACACCCAAAGCAGACCUGAAAGGGCCAGAUGUAAACCUUAAAAAACCAGAUGUUGACAUCAAUGCUCCCUCUGGAAAAUUUAAAUUGCCAUCAUUUAACUUUGGAGGAUUUAAGGCCAAAGCUGAUCCAACUAUAACAGCACCAGAUGUUUCAGUUCCUAAUGCAAACAUAAAUGCACCAGAUUUCUCCUUAUCUGCACCAAAAUUUGAUGCUGGCUUAAAUUCAGAUUUGAACCUCACCACACCCAAAGCAGACCUGAAAGGGCCAGAUGUAAACCUUAAAAAACCAGAUGUUGACAUCAAUGCUCCCUCUGGAAAAUUUAAAUUGCCAUCAUUUAACUUUGGAGGAUUUAAGGCCAAAGCUGAUCCAACUAUAACAGCACCAGAUGUUUCAGUUCCUGAUGCAGACCUUAAAUUGCAUCAAGGAACAAAUCUGGAUCUACCAAAAGGAGACUUCCAGGUGCCUAAUCUCAGCUUUUCUCCAUCAGAAAUUGAUGGAAACUUUUCAGCGCCAAGCAUAAACAGCAAUCUACCAAAAGUUGAACUGGAAGCACCUGACGCCACACUUAAAACUCCUGUACUAGACUACAAAGGCCCUAAAAUAGAAGCUCCAGAUGUAGAUGCAGGUCUUGAAAAGUCCAAAUGGCCACAUUUCAAGAUUCCAGGCUUUGGGUCUAAAAUCAAAGGUCCAGACGUCGAUACCAGUACUGAUCUUGAUAUCUCACCUGACUUGAAGGUCAACGCUCCUCAUACUAAUGAGAUAGAUGAUGGGAUGACGGUUCCUGCGUUCAGACUACACAGACUACCCAGACACAGCCUAAAUAGCAGUGAAGGUUUCGAUUUGUUCGACUUACCAAAACACGACACAGAGGAGAAGGCGUAUCUCGUCAGCAAAGGAGUCCGUUUACCAAAGGUAAACGCCAGAACAGCAGCGACAGACAAGGUCGACAUUCUGGAGCGACUGAAAAUGGCAAGAGAAAAAGCACCCUCAGUCAACGCCUCACCAACUGACGCAAGAGGUAAUAUCGAUCUGAACCUCGGUGUCCCAAGUUUUGAUGCCAGUGCCUCUGCAGGUGAUUCGUCUUUGGUGAGAGGAGGAACCUAUAAAGUGGAAAAGCCAGAAUCUGCGCUGGGCCUCUUUGUCCCGGAGAUUUCAGAUGAAAAUGACAAAAUGUCAUUGAGCCUUUCCAACAUGCUUGGCCUUAAUGCCAAAGAUUCUGACGCUGACUGAUUCCUGCGACGUUGACCUGUUACCUAACGCUUCAGUUUAGAAACAGUGUAAAUACAAGUAUGUCAGUUCCUUUACUUCACAUUAGCCAGUUUUCUGCAGACUAUGCCAGCUUCAGUAUCCUUCUGUUAAAACUUUGGGUCACCAAAUGAAGGAAUUUGUUUUUAUAAACUAUGUGUAUAUUCCUGUUAUUUAUAUAAGUUCUUUUUUUUCUAAAUGUCGUUGACUUACUAUUAUGUUACAAACUCCCUCAGCGUUACAUGUUAUCACAGUUAUUUGUUAAAGUUUAUGAGAAUUGCAUUACUUUAGCUACCUUAAACGUGGAGAAGAGUUGUGUGAGUGAAAGUAACUGUUAACAUUUUGUUCAAUAAAUAACUCAGUAUAUUCAUUA